AUGCAGAACGGGCUGUACGUAGAAGGGCUCGCUGCAAAGGCUGCAGUUGGCUCUGCAGCCACGCAGGAACUGCAACGCACUAAGGGCUUCGGUGGAGCCCGUCACAGCGCCCACAGCUUGGGUAGACGUCCAACGAACGCUUCGCGACGGGCCUUCUCGACUAGCCCGAAGGAAUCCGCCCAAAAGCAAAACCGUGCGUUUCUUGUUGCAGCGCUCACUGGGUUCUUGGCCGGCUUCUUUGCCGUCUUUGGAGGCUGGAUAGAACUCAGGGGUUUUCCAGUCAUCAGAGGCACAAGGGAAUCUACAUAUCCAGAUGGUCUCCUGCCCGAUGGCACUCCAAACCCUGACCUGGACCCGCAAGACCCAUAUGAACAGUACUUGGAGCAGCCGGACCAGCCAGACCUGCAGCCGCCAUACACGCUGCAGCCUUCGCAGGAACCGUCAUCGCAACAGCCUCUUCAACAGCCUCUGCAACAGCCGCACCUGGAGCAGCCUCCGCAGCAACCAGAGUUGCAUUCGCAGCAACAGCUGCAGCCGCAACACCAGCCGCCGGAGCAGCAGCAACAGCAUCCAGAGGAACUAAAUCCGCUUCAGCAGCCGCAGCAGCCGGAAGUAGAGCCGCCUCAACAGCAACAGCAUCCAGAGGAACUAAAUCCGCUUCAGCAGCCGCAGCAGCCGGAAGUAGAGCCGCCUCAGCAGCCGCAGCAGCCGGAACCACAGCAGCCGCAACAAUCGGAAGUAGAGCCGCCUCAGCAGCCCCAGCAGCCGGCACCAGAGCCGCCUCAGCAGCCGCAGCAGCCGGAACCAGAGCAACCGCAGCAGCCGGAAGUAGAGCAGCCGCAGCAGCCGGAAGUCGAGCAGCCGCAGCAGCCGGAAGUCGAGCAGCCGCAGCAGCCAAAAGCCGAGCAGCCGCAGCAGCCGGAACCAGAGCAGCCGCAGCAGCCGGAAGUAGAGAAGCCGCAACAGCAGGAAGUGGAGCAGCCGCAGCAGCCUGAACCGGAGCAGCCGCAGGAGCCCGAUGAGCAACCUGCGCAGGAUGAGGAGGAACAGUACGACCCGGAAGAAGCGGCAGGACAAGGGGACCCAGUAUAUGCAAUUCCAGGACCUUUCACUCAGGAUAAAGUUUUGAAUGUUGUCGAUGACAUGUCCUUCCAAGUUAUGGGCAUUGUGGCAAGCUUGGAAAGUGCAAGCGAGACGACGAAGGAUCAGUUUGCGGCGGAGUAUAUGUUUGUGCCGGAAGGGACUCGUGGAGUGCGGACCGUCUUUGAAUACGGGACAAGGGGACCCAGUAUAUGCAAUUCCAGGACCUUUCACUCAGGAUAA